AUGGGUUGUUGUAAAUCCUUUCCCAAUGGUUUUUGUGCUUCAAAAUCAUUAGAAAACUAAACAAAUUCAAUUAUUCUUAAAGAAAAUUCAGAAUAAUUUUAGAACGAAUUCAUUCAAAGUGUUCUAAAUCUUGAUGCUAAUUGUAGUAUUUAGAAGGAAAAAGAAAUAAAUUUUCCAAUUAAAAAUACUUCUUAUACAAAAGAUAUAACUGAUGUAGAAAUAAAAUAAGAAUACAUGAAGACUAGUUCUAAGCAAUGGAACAUAAAGUAAACUAUGUUCGUCAGGGUCAAUUCAAAAAAAAACAUCAAUGAAUCAUAUUUGAUUAAAGAAAUGAUUGGUUAAGGAGGGUUUGGUAAAGUCUAUAAAGUCGUCCAUAAAUAAACUGGUAAGUAGCAUCACGACCUCUAACUUAGGAAUGAUAAGGGCCGUGAAAAUGAUACUGAAAGAGAAGAUGAAACAAGAAGAUGAGGAACGGUUAUUAGAAGAAACAGCGAUUUUAAUGGAUAUAGAUCAUCCAAAUAUAGUCAAAUUAUAUGAGAUAUUUUCUGACACAUAUAGCUAUUAUUUGGUAAGUGAAUAUUGCGAGGGUGGGGAAUUAUUUGAGAAAAUUAAACUUGUUUCAAUAUUAACGGAGAAAGAGAUUGCCAAUUUUAUGAAAUAAAUAUUGUCAGCCGUCUCUUAUUGUCAUUAAAAAGGAAUUGUUCAUAGAGAUUUAAAACCAGAAAAUAUAUUAUUUGAUUAGAAGCAUGAUCAAGCUUCCAUUAAAAUCAUAGACUUUGGUGCAAGUGCAAAAUUAUAAAAUUGUGAGAAGCUGCAAAAAAGAAUUGGGACUGUAGCUCAUUAUUAUUUUUUUAGCCUUUUUAUGUUGCCCCAGAGGUACUUGAUGCAAAUUAUGAUGAAAAAUGUGAUAUUUGGUCUCUUGGAGUGAUAUUAUAUAUUCUCUUGAGUGGAUAUCCUCCUUUCAUGGGAACUAAUGAAUAAGAAGUUCUUCUAAAAGUAAAAAAAGGUGAAUAUUCAUUUGAUCCAAAUGAUUGGGGGAAAGUUUCUAACACUGGAAAAGAUUUAAUUAGAAGAAUGCUUCUAUAUAAUCCUGUUAAUAGGAUUUCAGCUGCAGAUGCCUUGAAUCAUGAAUGGAUCAAAAAUAAUAAAGCUAAAGGUCAGAUUAAUAGUUUGACUCUUAGUAAAUUAUAGGAUUUCGAUUCAAAAAAUAAAUUAAAAUAUGCAAUCUUUUAGUUUAUUACUGUUCAAGUGGUAACAAAUCAAGAAAAAAAUGAUCUUCUCGAGAUUUUUCAAGAGAUAGAUAAAAAUGGAGAUGGAACAGUCAGUAAAGAUGAACUAUAUUAAGGUAUUAAAAUUCAUUAGUUGUAGCUUAUUUAAAGAUUCACAAAGGGGACAAAUUAGCUGCAGAAACAGUUGUAGAAGAACUAUUUCCCUAAUUAGACGCAAAUGGUUCUGGAAUUGUAGAUUUCAGCGAAUUCAUAACAGCAACAAUAAAUAAAGAGAAAUCUCUAAGUAGAUAAAGAAUUGAGUAGUCAUUCAAACUGUUUGAUUUAGAUGGCAAUGGGUUAAUUACUAAACAAGAACUUAAUGAAUUAUUUGAUGAAGAGAUAGAUGAAGAAAUGUGGUAGGAAAUUUUAGAUCAAUGUGAUAACGAUAAUGAUGGAAUGGUAUAAUAAUUAUUGAUAAUUAGAUUAAUCUUAAUGAAUUUAUAAAUUUACUUGAGAAUAAAAUAUCCAAAACUCCUUUAUUUAAAUCAUGA